AUAAAGUAGAUCACGAUGACCAUCACGCAGAUAGAUCAAGGACAGCGGUACAGGCCGAGAAUGGCAUUCUUGAAAAAGUUGGAGGUUUUGUUGGUAGAAAUGCAAGAUCCACAAUCUGGCAUCAAAACGCAAAUACAGAACCUGCCGGACAGCAGCAUUCCACAUGCUGUGGUUGGUAGUGAUAUACUGCAGUGGAUUAUGAAGCAUUUGGAGAUUACCAAUGAAGAGGGGCUACAUUUGGGAAGUAUGAUCAUCAAGUGUGGGUACAUCUAUCCUCUUCAAGACCGAAGGAAUUUGAAUCUCAGAGGGGACACCAGUCUCUAUAGAUUCCAGACACCCUACUUUUGGCCAACCCAGCAGUGGGGAGCAGAAGAUACGGAUUAUGCCAUUUACCUAGCAAAAAGAAAUAUUAAGAAGAAAGGAGCGCUAGAAGAUUAUGAAAAGGAACAUUAUAGCAUGUUGAACAAACGCAUCAAUCAUAAAUGGGACUUCAUUAUUAUGCAAGCCAAGGAACAGUACAGCGCAGGAAAGGAACGAACGAAAAAAGACCGGUAUACUUUGGAUUACCAAGAGAAAGCCUACUGGCUGGUGCAACGGACUCCUCCUGGAAUGCAAGAUACACUGGAGUAUGGGUUGGACCGAGCAACAGAUCCUUGUGAAAAUAAGAAAAAAACAAUUGAUGUAUAUAGGACAGAGAUCAUGUAUCUCCAACUGGCUCUCAUGAAGACUGCAACAAAGUCAUCUGUCUCUCUGGGAGGAAUAGUGAAGUACUGUGAACAGUUCUGCUCCAAUGACCCUAUAAUCUCAGGAUGCCUGCCCAGCAACCCUUGGGUUUCUGAUGAUGUGGAUUUUUGGGAACUCAAUGCAAAACUGGUAGAAAUCCCCACCAAGGCACGAGUGGAGAAAUGGGCCUUAAACUUUAGUGAGCUGAUGAAGGACCCCAAAGGACGUCAGAGUUUCCAGCUGUUCCUGAAGAAGGAAUUUAGUGGGGAGAAUCUGGGAUUUUGGGAAGCUUGUGAAGAUUUGAAGUAUGGAGAUCAAUCCAAAGCGAAAGAAAAAGCAGAAGAAAUUUACAAAACCUUCUUGGCUCCAGGAGCAAGACGGUGGAUUAAUAUCGAUAGCACCACUAUGGGCAUUACAGUCAGAGGCCUCAAAAACCCUCAACGUUAUGUCUUAGAUGCUGCACAGACUCAUAUUUACAUGCUCAUGAAAAAGGAUUCUUAUGGUCGCUAUUUAAAGUCUCCGGUAUACAAAGAAAUGUUGUCCAAGGCAAUUGUACCACAAGAAGCAGUUAAAAAAAGCUCUUACAAUCCGUUUGUCCGCAAGCACCUGCGCUCCAGUCCCAGCCCCAUCCUCUUGAGGCAGCUGGAGGAAGAAGCCAAAGCUAGAGAAGCCGCCACCAACGUGGACAUCACCCAGGUUAUGAGCAAGCUGGAUCGCAGAAGCCAGCUCAAACAGGAGGCCCCGCCUGCUAAAUAG